AUGGCCGCCGCCGCCUCUCGGACAGCUUUUCUGCUCUCUUCUUCAGCUCUGCUGCUGCUCCUGUGCUUCUGCACAGAAGCGAAAGAGAUAACAGUGGGAGGGAAGUCGGACGCCUGGACGAUCCCAUCGUCGGAGUCCGAUUCCCUCAACAAAUGGGCCCAACGCACCCGCUUCCGCAUCGGCGACUCCCUCUUGUGGAAGUACGACGGGACGAAGGACUCGGUGCUGGAGGUGUCGAAGAAAGCUUACCUCGCCUGCAAUGUCAGCGAACCCAUUGCAGAGUACAAAGACGGGGACACCAAGGUGAAGCUGGAGAGAGCCGGCGCGCACUACUUCAUCAGCGGAGCUGAUGGACAUUGCAAGGAAGGUCAGAAGGUGAUUAUAGUUGUGUUGUCUCCCAGAACUGCUUCUCCUGCUCCUUCCCCUGCUUCUGAAGAUGAAGACCAGUCGCAGCAGGUUAUGUCUCCUGCUGUUGCGCCCACGAGCGCAGCUGCUGCUGCGUCCAGCUUCGGUUUUGCUGCUCGCCUGGUUUCGGUUCUGGGUUCCCUGCUGCUUCUCCAUUGCUUCAUGUUCUGA